AUGACUGUCAUUAUGAACAAACCGGACUAUGUUGAGAAAGCACAGGCACUGCUCGCAGAUACAAUCACUUACCAACAGGUGGCAAUAGACCCAACGCUGCAGCUAGGUAAUAGGUUUACCCAGAUACUGAAGAGACGAAAGGAUUGUAUUCACAGAGAUGUCAAGCCAGAAAACAUUCUAAUUACUAGACAGGGAGUCAUUAAGCUCUGUGACUUUGGAUUUGCCAGAAUACUAACAGGUCGAGGAGAUGAUUACACUGACUAUGUAGCAACCCGUUGGUACCGAGCACCAGAGCUCCUUGUGGGAGAUCCACACUAUGGGGCAACAGUAGAUAUCUGGGCUGUAGGUACUGUCUUUGCAGAGCUGGUGUCUGGACAAGCAUUAUGGCCUGGGAAAUCAGAUGUGGACCAAAUCUACUUGAUAAUAAGGACUCUGGGUAAACUCAUCCCAAGGCAUGAGCAUAUAUUCAGGAAUAACCAAUUUUUUCGGGGUGUUAGUUUACCUGAACCAGACCCUGAGGAUAUGGAACCCCUAGAAGAUAAAUUUCCAAACCUAAACCCUCAUGCUUUGAUGUUCAUGAAGAGUUGUUUGAAGAUGGAUCCAGAGGACAGAUGCAGCUGUGAAGACUUGCUUGAAAACGCAUACUUUGAUUUAUAUCGAGAUGAAAAUGAAAAAUCCAGGCAAUGGCUUGAUGGCCGGAAUCGCAAAAGACAGCAGCUUUUGCCUCAGCUUCCUGGUAAUAAUGGGUCACCAGCACCAGAUCCCAGAAAGCAGGUUCGUCAGCAACGGUUUGAUCACCUUCCUACCAUCUGACAAUCUCUAUCAAGCCUCAGUACGGUUCUGAAGUG